UUCGAUGCCACGAAGAAGAGACACGGACGAUUUUCUCGCUCACUCACAGCCUGUGUCGAUCGGAAUCCGGAAAAACUGAAGCAGCAUUUCGCCGUGAUUUUGCCAGACCGAGCAGAAAGUGUCUUUUUUUAAGAGGAAGCGAAACGCUAGCCUUCAACGGUCCGUUUUCCGGAUCAUGAACUGUAACGCGAUUGUGAUAUAAAUUUUAUGUGUGAUUGGUUAACUCGAGAAGCGAAUGGUGGUUUGUUGGGACGGAGAAUUUUGUGUGUGUACUUCAAUUUGAUCGUCUCGGUCAGAGACGGAGUGGGGAUGAAAAAAUUCACGUGUAGCAGCUGAACUAAAAAGAUUGCCCCCGAGACGGCUCCCAGUGGUACGCGUACGGGAAAAGCGAUGAAACCUGCGAUAUAUUUAGAGUUUUAGUUUCAUUUUCUCCCUAUUACAUCUGACCGCCCGAGUGUGUUCACUUCAACUUGAAGAAGAAAAUAAUUUGUGUUGCUAGAAGGAAAAAGCACGCCACCGCAAGGAGGCUGAUUGUUCCUGACUUGUGUUCUUUCGCCUCUGUCACUGUGAUGAAUAUUCCUCGAUGAGUUUCUAUAUUUUUCGCCAGUGAUACGCUGCGGAACAUUGUUAACUGUAAGGAAAACUCGUUUCUUGGUUCAUUUGAACGGAAUAAUGAAACUACAAACAGUCGAUGUCGAUGAAUGUCGUCACGAAUAAUUACUACAAAAUGGGUGUCUCUAAACAAGAUUCUAGUCCGACGUGAAGUAGUCGUCGCAUAGGAAAAUCAACAAUGGCCGAAAGUGUAUAAGAAUUUUCAGAGUCGCCUCCGCUGUUGACUCUCUCCAAGACCACUCGCCAAUCGUCAAAACACGCACAGAGCCAUGUGGAGCGAUAGUUCUUAGGUCUUUGUUUGCAAGAUGUGUGUCGAAAGUCAUCGGAAAUGAACGCUAAUUAUUGUUUUGUCAAUAUAUUUUAUGGAGACCCCACGUUGAGAAAGUAGCGAAGUAAAGAAAAAACAGUGGAAAUAUCGUGUUGUAGAUUGGAGCGACAGCAGGUAGCAGGUAAAACUUCACAAGUGGAAGAACGAACGGUGGGUGGAUUUUAGGGUGUCACACCAAUACAUCGAACCAGCUGUUUGUGAAUGGGAGAGAGCGAGAAUGAUGGAGAGAAAAUUCUGAAGUGAGCACGUGAAAUUAAGGGAGAAAAUCCUUUCCAUGCUGGUGCAGUGUUGUGUUGUGACAUUUCCUUCUGGCAAAAUUUGCAACAGCGGUGUUAAUUGUGUGCGCGUCGAAGAUUGUGUACAAGUAGACCAAAAGUGCGACAUACUGUCAUAAUAAAAAUAAACCAGUGUCCUUUAGUUGAAACGCUGUUAGGUAGCAUAUAGAAAGCACACAAAAGUACACAACAUAAGUGAACUAAGAAAACAAAUAAACGGUUGGUUGCUUUGGGAGAAACAUUACACUGCUCCUCUGUUUGGUUACAUUCGAAGUCGGUAGUCAGCACCAUAGUUCUACUCGGAAACAGUGGCAACGGCUGAUACGGCGGUAACAACAUGGACCCAACGCCAGCGUUCGAUCGUAGCGGAUGGCAUAUACAACAACUCGCUAUUUAUGCAUGCGGCCACAUCACACGUCGGCAACGUUGUGCAGGUCCAGACAGCAUCCGGUGUCAUAUUCGAGGGAGUGUUUCGGACAUUCUCAUCUCAAUUUCAGGUUGUGCUGGAAAUGGCACAUCGCAUUGAGCUUGGCCCCGAUAACGAGAGCAAAAUUAUCGUAGAUUCUGUAGUCGAUCGGCUCAUCUUCAAGCCCAACGACAUCGUCAGUAUUGCCGCGAAAGAGGUCGAUUUGGAUUACGCCACCAGAGACACAUUUAAAACCGAUACCGCCAUCUCGCGCUGCAACGGUAACGGUCGACCGGAGGAACGCGAGCUCGAACCCUGGGACGAAAGCGGCACUCUCAAUGGCGACUGUGAGUUCAGUCUCGAGCUCGAUGCCAACUCGAACGGGUGGGAUGUGAAUGAUAUGUUCCACAAGAACGAAACCAUUUACGGUGUUCAGUCUACGUUCGAUCAAUCACUGUCUGGUUACACGGUACAGAUACAAAAGAAAGAUUCCGACGAUUUCAAGGCUCAAGAAACGGAAGCGGAACGAAUCGCAAAUGAAAUAGAGAACAACCCUACAUACAAGGAUCGUAUUGACCUGGAAAACGGAGACGAAGAGGCAGCUUUUGCUGCUGUUUCCCGACCAGCCAAUUCCAGUCCACAACCGUCGUCAGCGACGAGCAGUUCUUCUGCACAAAGCUCGAGUAGUAUGAAUGAUAAGUGUAAUAAUAAUACAGUGAUGCCAUCGAAUGCAAAAUACAUUGUACCGGCAAAGCGCAAGCCGGGUCAGGCUGGCAAAUUGACAGUCCGAAGCACCCCGCCACCAGUAACAAACAACGGCGGUUCUCCUACGCAGACACAGCCACCAGCAUUGCAACAACCCCAGAGCCCACAAGCUCCACAUAAAACGAAUUAUCAGGGCAUUCCAAUGCCUAUUCCGCAGCAGCAACAACAACAACAGCAGCAGCAGCUGCUGCAACAGCAACAACAAAUGUCGCAGCAGCAACAGCAGCAGCAGCAGCAACAGCAGCAGCAACAACAGCAGCAGCAACCACAACCACAACCACAACCGCAAUCUCAGCCUCAACAACAACCUCCAAGCAAUCAGCAGCAUGGUGGUGGUAUGCAGCAACAGCAAGCUCAGCAUCCAGCUCAAUAUGGAAUGCACUCGAAUCAAUCGCCGUAUGGCCAUGUUCAACAUCAACCCCAUCAACAACAACCACCACAGCAGCAGCAGCAGCAGCAGCAACAACAGCCGCCUCCACAGCAACACAACCAAUCGUCGGUUGUAAUUAGUAACAACAAUAUGAAUAAGAUGAAUGGUGAAGGUGGCAGAGAUAUGUCAAACAGCAGUAGCAUGAAUGUAAAUAACAACACUAAACCUAUGCCACAGCGCACCGUACGGCAAUAUCCGAACGCUGCCACCGUAAAUUACAACGAGCCUCCACCAUCGCUCGGUCCGCAGCAAAUGGGUGGACAAAUGCAAGCAAUGGGUAAACCGCCUCUUCACGUAACUCAUCCACAUCAUGCGGUGGCCACACACAUGCCACCUCCGCCGGUGGUAGCUACCGAUUCGCAGCUCCAACCACAGCAAGUAGUUAUGCAACCGCACCAUGUUGUUCUGCCCCCGCCAAUGAUCAGUGUUGCCGGGCAAGCACCUCCACAGCAGCAACAAAUGCAACAACCGCCACCCCAGCCGCAGCGUCAAGUAGUUGUCCGAGCCCGGGAAAUGGACGUUGACAAUUUACGGAAGUUCGGCCAAGAUUUCAAACUGGCUCCACCACAACAGCAACCACCAAUGCAAAAUGUCCAUCAACAGCCACCACCACAACAUAAUGUACAGCAGAUGCAACAACAACAACAACAACAACAACAACAACAACAACAACAACAACAACAACAGCAACAGCAACAGCAGGAUCACUCACCGCCAAAUCAGCCUCCAAUGGAAUCUUCACCUCCAAUUCCUCACAAUCAGAAACACUCGGAGCCUCCACAACAUCAGCAACAAAAUCAAUCCUCUCAAACUCCGUCAGGAAUAGUGCACCAGCCUCAGCACAUGAUGCAACCCCAACAGCAACAACAACAACAACAACAACCCCAACUCUCGCAACAACAACAGCAACCACAGCAAAACCAACAGCAACAACCUAUUUCAAACUCGCCACCACAACCAACUUCUGUACAUAACUGUAGCAAUAAUUCUGUAAAUCAAAUGAAUACACCUACCAGCAUUGCUCCUAACGCGAGCGUUAGCAAUCAAAACCAAAAUAACACUUCGGUCGAUAACAACGCUGGAAGCCCAACCGAUGGGUCGGUCAAGGUUGCGCCUAAAAAGACGUUCACGCUGAAUCCGGCCGCGAAACCAUUCACGCCUCGUAGUCCAAGCACACCCAAUCCCUCACGUCACACGUCUUCUAGCCCACAAACCCCACACACACCCGGACCGGUGAUAACACAGCAGCAACAGCAGCAGCAGGGCGGCUAUCCGGGCCAGCAGCACGUUGCUCCCCAACAGAUAAUCAUGUCGUACGUGAUGCAGCCGCCGCAGUCCGCAUUUCAGACGGCCCAGCAGCAUCCGCACGCUGGUCAGCAAACGCGAAUCCGGAAAGUGCCAGUUGCGGCCGCUUCCCAGAUCCAAGUAGCUGCGGCCACCGGCCAGCCUUUGCUGGCGCCAGGUCCGAUCCAAAUGUUCCCGCCCUACCCGCCUGCGAUUCAUCCACAACACUUCCAAGCACCGUCAUUCCAGCCGUACCGAAUCUAUCACGAAACGCCCCAGCCAACGCAGCUCCAAUACUUAGCGCCAACGCCACCAUCGACCACACCGUCGCCGGGCCAACCCCACCAGCAGUAUCAUCCGGGUCCGCAGCCAACGCAGGGCGCCGGUGGACCACCAAACUACGCGCAGCAUCAGCAGCAACCCCCGCACUAUCCCAUGAUGUGCCCAAUCGUGGCAGCCCCGCCCCAGAUUAUGCCAACGGUCUAUCAGAACAUGACCCAGCAGCCCCAACAGAAUCAUCAUCAGCAGAAUUUACAUGUAAUGCAUGUGACACAACACCCAUCCGCCCAGUAGCAUAAAUUCAACGCCAGCAGCAACAAUAACCACCAUCAUCACCACCACCAUCACCAUCACCACGCUAAUGCAAACACCACAGUGACCACCACCUACAACAAUGGCUGCUCUCCAUACGGUGGAAAGUCAAUCAAGAACUGAAACGGCAGUGUUUGUGUUCUGAGUUUUUCGAUGUGACAUUCGUUUGAUUAUAUCAGCCAUAGAAAAGCAAGAGCAAAGUGGCUUAACCAAUCCCAAAUGGAGCGAUUCACACGUACACCAUUGCUGCAAGCGUAUGUGUGUAUGUCAAAAACAGAUAAGAAUGCGUAUUUGCCUGUAACUACUGCUAAAUACUGCUAGUACUUUCAGUUGUUUUAAUUGUUUUGCCAGGCAUCGUAGAGCCGAAGCAACCACGAGACGAUUAAUGUCAAAUUGUUGGGGCGUGCUGCAUUUUAUUUUGGCACCAACUAAUGCGCCCAUGGGUUUUGUAUAGAGAAGGAAAUGAAAACAAAAAACGGAAGCGGACAACUCUCGUGAGUAUGAUGGGAAGUGUACUAUUUAAUAGCAGAGACCGUUGAUAGCUGAAGACUAAGGACUAAACAAGCGCGAAUCGUAUUUUAGAAUAAGAAAAAGUAUCAUUCGAACAAGAUAUUAGGGUAACCAAAAAUCGUGUGGAUCACGAGGGAAUAACGAAGGGUUAUCACCACCAAAAGGAAGCAGGUGCUUAACAAAGAGGAACGAGAUUGUGUGGCAGAGAAAAGUGAUUACAGUGUACGCUGUAGAGAGAAGAGUGUGGACAUGAAAAGUAACAGGCAAAUAUGUUAUCUCGUUUUUAUGGAAAAGGAAAAUAAUAGUUGUUUGAUUCAACGUCGCGAACAACUGCUUUGUAAAUAUUUGGAGGUAACUGAAUCGCUGAAUCGAGCGAGCGAAUGUUUCACCACUGUGUGUAGCAAUUAUCUUUCUCUGGAUAUCGCUUUAGUGUGAGUUCAUGAUUAUUUAGAGUGUUGUUUCAUAUUUUUCAUAUUUUUCUAGAUCCUGGCCCCUAUUUUAUUUAUUUAUAUCCAUUUCAUGAAGUUUUUCUCCUUUAAGUCGACGUUGUUGAUGUUUCUAAUAUAAAAUUUUGCUGAAACGAUAUUAUAAUGGGUUAUUAUUAGGUGUAAAAGUAUGUUUGACUUUACGGAUUUUUUAUAUAAAAAUGUAUUCGUUCGAAACAUAAAACUUACUGCUACCUCAUUCAAAACAAUUUUGGACACCACAACAUUGGGUCAUUUUCAGGCCACACACACUGAUUGUUUUGGAGCUAGUCAGUGAUUCAAGGCUAUUCUUAAUUUAUUCAUAAGAUUGUAACCGUUCUUCAGAAAUGGCCGACGCCAUGGACCGGAACGAAUAGUGAUCUGGAGGAGAAAUGUCUGAAGAAUAUGGCGGGUGAGACAAGACACAAAAAAAUAGUCCUUGACAGAUCCAUGAACAUGUGGUCUGACGCUGUCGAGCUGUAAAAUUAUCUUGUCGUGUCUUUUCAUGUAUUUUCGGUCGUUCCCUUCAGAGCUUUGUUCUGAGCUGAAUUCUAUUCAGAGUGGUUGCUUUCCAUUUUCUAUAUCAUUGUUGGUCCUGUGCCAACGGAAUGAUUUUCACAAUUUGGAAAAUGGUCUUAAAAAGGAUUGUGCUUAUGUGGGAAAUCAAACUACAAAAAAAGUGCUCUAAUAGUUUUAGUUAUUAUUCACUUGGUACAUUUUGUACAUUUUUUAUAUUUUAAUAUCUUGUUUUUGAUAUGAGUUUCCAAAAGCUUGGCAUCCUCAUGAAAUGGACCACUUCUGGGUGAACACAUCCAGGAACGCCAUCGAUGGCAAUGGGUAAAUCUUUUCGUGAUACCCAUGACAAAGAUAUGGUAAUCCAAUCCAAAAUCUCUGGGAUCCUAAAUGACCACUUCUCAUUAGCUUAAAAACCGGAAGUCAAUCGAAAAUAACCUCCUCACAACGAUUAUACUUUCGGAAUUGGUUCGAUCAGAGAUCUUUACGAUAGUAUUUUCGGAAUCAGUACGAUCAGCGAUCUUUGAGAUCACCUUGGAAUCCAAAAUGGUCACUUCCGAUUAGCCAAACCGAACAGGAUAUUCGGAAAUAGCUGAGGCCCCAUAUGAGUAAACUGGAAUAUUUUUAACGUCCUAAUGCAAUCAAAGAAUCAAACUUGUACGUUUACAAAUUUGUUAUGAAAAUAUUUUUCCGAAGUACCGACUGAUUUCCCCUGGUAUUCCAUGAUAGAGUCCGUGGUUCAAAUACAUGUCUUGCCAACCAUAAAAUGAUAAAUAGUACGACAUUCAUCACGUAUUACAAAUUAAUAAAGUCAUACUUGAACACCUAAAAUUUUUUUUUGUGAAUUUCAAGUUCCAUAUCCGAUUUCUUAUGCAUAUUGUAAUAUGUAAUAUGCCACAAUCCAAAACUUGACAUUUGUAAUUGGCCGUUAUUCGAUUGGGAUUCUGGUGCUAGUUUUUUGAGUUACAAGUUCCAUAGCUAGCACUAUCGGAAUCGGAAGAGCUCCAUAGUAAAAAAAAAUAUUAAAUUAACACCUCUCACAAUCAAAAAUUGGAUGAAGUUUUACAUCCAUUAUUAUAUUUAUACUCAAAAGUAUCAUCGCAUUUAUUUUAUCAGAACUGGAGUAAUAGAACAGCAAUGACCAUUCUUUUUUCUGUCUUAUAAUGACUUUCAACCUUUUGGUUGGCUCGUCACUCAGACCACGACUUCAUUCCGAAGGGAAGAAUGUCGCGAGUGAGAAUUGAACUCGAGCCUUUUAGAGGGAGAGGUACGGAUGUUAACCACUACACCAGAUAAUUCUAAACGACUUCAUUCAAACCGUUAAUUCAUUCGAACUGAAACAUUCAGAAAACAAAAAUAGUUAGAGAACUCAUACAUUUUUGAAGCUUUUGCACCUUCUCGGACAAUGGGCAAUUCACACAAAGAGAAGAAUCUCACGAAUGUCCAAUUCUUCAUAAAAUCAACCACAACAUUGUGUAUCUUCCAGUUCUGACUACUUACAUACUCAUUUUGGAAUUGUCAAAGGAGGAGCAUUAUAACAAAGGUUAAAAAUAUCAUAGGAUUGAGUUUGGGGUCCAUCACACUUGACCAUCAAUAAUGAGCCCUAUUAUAUAAAUCGAGUCGAUAAGAAUCGAUCACCACUAUCACAUCGAGCAAUAUUUCGUAUUUUGUGAAUCGAGAUAAUGUUAUCGAGUCUAGUUCUUGUUCGAACUUCAUGUUUGCAACACAUGAAGCUCGAACAAGAACUAGACUUACAUACAUUUAAGCAUUUUUUAAACCAUGUAACUCGAAAAAUUAUGACAAUUGCACCGAUAGCUUUCACUCGGUCGAUGGUAUCGACUUUGCUCGCUAUCCACGAGCAAAAUUUUUAUCGACUCGAUUUAUAUAAUAGGACCCAAUAUAUAUAUUUUUUUAGUAUAAUCUCGUGAUGAUAUUGAUGUUGUGCAGCACUAGGAAUUUGUAUUUGUAUUUGUAUGCAAAGGAAAAAAAAUUAGUAUAAUCAGAACACAUAGAAAGCGUUCAAUUUCAUUAUUUGCAAUUGAAGAAUGUUGCUACACACAGGUGGAUUCGGAAUUUCAAAAUCAUGUAAACUCAAAAGCACGGAAAAGUGAAAGAUAACGGUUUGUCAAAUCUCAUGUAGACAGAUGUCGAAUUAAUUUAAGCGGAAUGAUGAAAGUUCAGGAUAUUCGGCUUUCGAAUUUCUCCUGCGCGAGUUCUGAACCCACAAGGUCGAAACCGAAUUCUACCUAGAACGUAGCCUAAACGUAACGCUCGCAAUCAAUUUGUUUUUUUCCCCCAAAGCUGAAUUCAAAAACAAACCCGGAAACCACGAACGGUUUUUUUUUGUAAAAAGAAAACUCAAGAUUCAUUUUCGCCCGUAUCACACAUAUUAUUCGAUUCGCAUGAUAUCUGGAUGCGGAUUAGCGGGAGACAUGAACCAUUAUAUAUUGAACAUCUUAGGUAAAUUGAAUUGAAUAUUGAAACAGUAAAACAAAGACCGAUCAAAAGUAUGUGGAAUGCAUGCGACUGUGCAUAUGUGUGUAUUUGUGUUUGAAAGUGCAAAGAAACUUCUUUCCGACUGAAACGAGAAAGGUUUCUGCACAGAGUGCGAUGGGUGACAAGUAAACGUUAUUAUAAAUAAAUUUACUUACGAUUGUAUAUGGCUGAGAAUGAGUAUCGAGAAUGUGCGAAAAAUAGUCGAGAACUAAUACCAAGCGCGGUGGGAGAGAACUAGAGGGGACAAGAGAAACUGAAGGUAAAAUCGAAUUACUUUAGCCAAUAAACCAAUUGUAACUUAUUAAAAAGAAGCAUAGCAGAAACCACAAAGCUGAAACUCGGAAGCAAGAAGAUCCAAGCGUGAAUGGAAUGAAACCAAGUUGCACGAAAGAUGAGAAGCUACACAGUAAUCGGUGCUAAUAGACUGUGACCGGACAAAUGCGAUAAAGACGGUAAAACAAAAACAAAAGCAAAAAGAGAAACCAAAAGUUGCUAGAGAGUGAAACACAUAACAUGUUAAACAUGUUAUUCAAAAUAGGCAUAUAAAAAGAAAAAUUACGAAUCAAGAAAGAGCAAUGAUAUGGAAUAAUUAAAACAUUUUUUUAUGGGGAACUCACCCAACGGAUAUUCGGUUGGGCUUGAAUUUCCGAGAUAUAUGAGGUCUUUUACAAACAAAAAUAGGUCGACAAACAAAAUUGAAUAAAUCAAAUUUGAAAUCGCAUCAAAAUUAAAUCGAAACUGUUUAAGUAAGACAAUAUUCAACGAAAACGCCUUUCAGUUAUCCAAAUAGGCUGAUUUACACAAAGUCCCGUAAAAUACAUCUUCGAUUCGAAGAUAACUAUAUCUCGGAUUUUCAAAGUGAACCAAACGGCUCAUUGUAAUAUCCUAGUGAACAAAUUCACUGCGAAUAUCCUAGUGAACAAAUUCACUGUGGAGGAAACCGUUGCAACUUAGACAAAACACCUGUGAAAGGAUAAAAAGAUGAGUACUGAAAAAGCUCUCAAUUCAUAAAACCCAACAAUAGUUCAUCGAACUGCUUUCCUUAUUUUUUUUUCUCUUCAAAUAUUCGUUCUAAAAAAAUUGGAUCUACCAUUGAAAUUUACCUAUCGUCGGAGUGAGAGAUGAAAAUUUUCGCCUUAGCAAUAUGAGCAUAUUACAUCAGUUCAGUUCAAUCUCAUCAGCAAAACAACAGCAACAUUGCAGCUGAAUCAGCGCAAAAUAGCAAAAAAAAAGGCGAUACAUUGAAGAAAAAAGAGGGAAGAGAAAGAAAAAAAACUAAUUUUUGUUGUUCUGUUCUUUGUUUGCUCUGAAUGUUCCUCGGUUCUAGCCUCUCUGGAAAAAGAAGAUAGGAAAAGAAAACGUUGGCGUGCGCGAAUCGUCAUGGAACAGAAUGAGAAUCUGAGGAACAAAAAUUUUGUUUUUAUGGAUAAAAAGAUCAUUGUUUUAAGUGAAAUAGAAAAAUCUAAAAAUAAAAAAAAAACGCUAAACAAAACCGGACAACGGUAAAGCUAUAAA